ACGGUUGUCCUGACAAUGACUUUAGGUGGAUUUGGGUUGCCCCCCCACCCUGAAGGUCCCGCCUACCUACAGUCAGUCGGGCUGCUGACCGUUCUCCAUUUCGCAGCGGACACUCAGACAACACAGAGCCGCCCUCCGGACGAGCCGCGCCCGCUGAAGGACCUUCUGUUCCCCGCUACUUUUCUCUCUCUUUGUGCCUGGGUCAGACUGUUUAUCCCCGCUCUAAGCAUGAGUGUAGCGGUGGCAGAGGGCUGCUUUCUGUCCGCUCUGCAGCCCAACUCGUCCUGCACCGCCUAUGGGCUUCCCUCGGACGGUAUGUCUCCGGCCAGGAGGGUCCGAGAGCAGGUCCGGAUGCGACUGGCUGAGAAGAAGUCCUCCUCCCUGCCCAGGCUGGACGACUCUAUGUUUGGACCAACAGACUACAGCUUCCCUGAGGCAAAGAGCUUUUCCCACAGCCACGGUUUCAGUUCCAGAUCCAUGAUACACACACCCAGCCGCGUCAUGGCCAUGCCCACAGCACCCCUUCGCUCCCCCGGUUUCUCCUCUCGCUCUGCUGUGGAAAGCAGCUCCAAGGUGAGCCAUAAAGACUCCAGCACGGCCCGGAGCAGCUUCCGGUCCUUCCAGUCACAGAGCAGAAGCAGACGCUCCAAGUCACUGUGCCAAGCAGACCAGGAGGCACUUCCUCUCACUGUGCUGCCUCCUCCAGAGAACGCCUCCUACAUGAUCACUGUGCCUCCCUCUGGCACCCUAAGGCGCAGCCUCAGCGGGACACUGGCCCAGGACAGAGGCUGCUGGCAGGCCGAGGAGCUGCCGUGUCAGUACACCUACAAAGGCCCAUCCCACCGCACCAUCAGCAGAAUCACCAACCGGCAGCAGCAGCAGCAGCAGCAGCAGCAGCAGAGCUCUGCCAUUGGCCAGGAGGGCUGGGUGGGGACUGGCAGGGGUGUCCCCAUGGCAGGUGACGGCUGGGGGACACAGUGGCAGCAGCACGUGUCCAGGGCCAACCAUGCCAUGGGGACGGGCCAGUACCAAGCCACGCUCCACCGGGCCGCCUCGCUCCGCAGUUUGAGGAGUGUCGGGAAAGGAGUGGAUAUCUUGGAUGGAGCGUCGAUACACAGCAACGACCCACUGGAAGAUAUGCAGAGUCUGGACAUGGCUACAGCUGUCAAAUAUCUGUCUGAGUCCGAUGAUGCCUUGCAAGUCCUGGGAGCGGCAUACAUACAACACCAGUGUUACCAUAGCAAUGAUGCCAAAAACCAGGUCCGUGCUCUGCAUGGCGUCCCAGCUCUUGUUCAGCUUUUCUCCAGUGACAGCCUAGAAGUGCAGCGCUUUGCCACCGGCGCCACGCGGAACCUCAUCUACGAGAAUGCUCACAACAAGGCGGCACUCAUCGACGCCGGCGGAGUGAUGCGUCUGGUCAGCAUCCUGAGCAAACCUGACGAGGAGCUUCGAAAGACCAUCACAGGUGUCCUGUGGAAUCUGUCCUCCAGAGACAACCUGAAGGAGAAGCUGUCCAAAGAAGCUUUAUCAGAGCUGACAGAGAACGUACUCAUCCCUCUGUGCAGCAGCAUGCCACUCAGCCCGUCUGAGAAAGACAUCUUCUACAACACCAGCGGCUGCCUCAGGAACUUGAGCUCAGUGAAUGAGAGGACGAGACAGAAGAUGAGAGACACGCGAGGCCUGGUGGACUCUCUGGUGUCCUACAUUCAACAAGCGGACAGGGCAGAUGACAAGGGUUUGGAGAAUUCAUUGUGUGUGAUGAGGAAUCUGUCCUACCAGCUGUACACGGAGCUUCCUCCCUCGGUCCGACACCGUCUGGAGGGCCCGACGAGAGCCUCGGCCUCCAGGGACAGUGAGGCCAUCGGCUGCUUUACUCUGUAUAACAAAAAGCACACUGAGCGUAACCAGAAUCUGUCCAUAUUGUCUGAGGUGUCCCGACAACCUAAGGGCCCUGAGUGGCUGUGGCACCCUAAUGUGGUGGCGCUCUACAAGCUUGUUCUGCAGAACAGCGACAGCAGCUCCACCAGCCGCGAGGCUGCCAUAGGUGCCCUGCAAAAUAUCACUGCAGGGGAGGCCAGGUGGUCAUCGGUACUGAGUGGUGUGGUGGUGGAGCAGGAGAGGAUGCUGCCCAUCCUGCUGGAUCUGUUAGACACCAACAGUGACAUGGAGCUGAGGUCUCUGACCGGCCUGCUGAGAAAUCUGGCCAGACACUCCACCAACAAAGACCACAUGGCUAAGAGCGUGGUGAACAUUCUGGUGUCCAAGCUGCCCAGUGAUGGCCUGCAGAAAACACCAUCCAGCGAGGUGGUGGUCAACAUCUGUGGAGCCCUCAAUCACCUGGUCACCGGCAGUUCCUUGGCAGCCCGUGACAUCUCAUAUUUCAACGGCUUGCCCAAACUGUUGGGAAUCAAGACAUCCCAUGAUAACAGCUCUGGGAGUAUAAAAGCCGCCAGGGCGGCCUCCACUGUCCUCUGCAACAUGUUCCAGUACAACAAACUGCACAAGGACUACAAACUGAAAGGAUUUGCCAGGCGAGACUUCACAGAUGCUGCCAUCUAGGCCGCAGCACAUUAUGUGAUUCACCCUGAGCUUUCGACCUCAGGAUCAAGGUUGCUGGGAGGAAAAAAGACGUGGGACGAUUCACUGAGCAGAUUAUCUUACUGUGACAGAAAGAGAAAAAUGGACUGGAACCAAUGGACUCAAAGCGUGUCCUCUUUCAGGUGGCUGGCUGUGUGUUUAACUUGGCUUAGCUUGCACUAGAUAGCCUGUGAUGACGGGAAUUUAACGGUUUCAACACAGAGGACUUCACCCCCGAAUAUACCGUUAUGCUCUUUGACUGAUAUACUGAUAUGUUGUUUUGACACUGAUUCCAAGUUACUUUAAACUAAUGUUGUUUAUAGCUGAUAUAUGAUGCCCACAUUAGAGAGAGAGAGAGAGAGAGAGAGAGAGAGAGAGAGAGAGAGAGAGAGAGAGAGGCUUAAAGAGAUAGCAAUCGGUCAAUCAGUCCACCCUUAGGUCCAGACUAGGGUGACCAGACUUCCCCGUUUUCCAAGGACAGUCCCCGGUUUUGGUGGCAUGUCCCCGGUUGGAGAUGUUUCCUUGGAAACGUCCCCAUUUUAAAAUACUGUGUGUUAUAAACCGGCCGAAAAGUGAAAUGAUAUCUUAUGUGGCAAGAAAGACAGCAGAGCCUACCGGUUGACAUCUUAAUCGCUCUGUGCUUGUUUUUUAAAACAGUUAACAUGGUCAAAAUACAUGAAACCAGAAUUUAUUUUAUAGAUAAUAACAUUGGAUAUUUCAGUGAUACUGUAUAUUGACCGCUGUACUAGGAAAGGCCCCCGCCAUUUUCAUUUCAGAAAUCUGGUCACCUUAGUCCAGACUGGAGAGUCUCGACAACUGUUGGAUGGAUUGCCAGAUUCCCGGCCUGAAUCAUUAUCCCAGGCCCGGGCUUUGGUGAUGAUCAGGGUAAAAUAUGAAUUAGUCUAAUACUUUAGUUUAUGAACAAAUACCUGCAAAACUAAUGACAUUCCCAUCAGCCUCAGCUGCGCUUUGUGUUUAGCGCUAAUUAGCUAAUCUUAGCAUACUAACACGCUAAGAUGAUGAGCAUGGUAAACCUUUUCUGCUAAAUAGCAGCAUGUUUGCGUGCUAAUGUUAGCAUUUAGCUCAAAGCACCAAUGCUAAUGCACACCAACAGCUUCACAGAGUAGCUAGCGUGGCUGUUUGUAGUCUUUUUAACAAACAAAUGUCAGACGUGUUUUUCUCUCAGAUGUUAACCAUCAGAGUUGGGGCGUAGCCAUUUUCGUUUUGGCGGGGGGGGGCAGCAGCUCCAGAUGUCAUUUAAGUUUAGAUAUCAGCCAUUCAUAUCUUGUUCAUUUGAGAUUUUGCAUUUGUUUGAUUUCUUUUACUUGUAUCUGUCCUGAGAAUGAAAAUGCUCUUAGAAAUGAAUGCAUUUAAUUAUCAUUUCAUAAAAGAAUAAAUGAGAAGACAGCACGAGAGGCCACCAUGGCAGUCUAAGAAAGGAGCAUCAACUAGGCCUACUCUUCACCAAAUAUCAAAUUAUUGGCCAAACAACUGUUUGCAAUACAGUAUGUUGUGCUCAUAAUGAUGUAAAUCAUCCCCUUUAAAAAAAUAUACUGUAUGUGCUGUGGAAUAGGAUCAAAGAUUGGAGAAAAUAGUGUGUUAUUUAAGAAAGAAAUUGGAUACUCCUACUCUGCCCUAUAUAAUCUAUCUAGUCAAACCAAAUUUACUUUACAGUAGAAGGAGAAGCCUGAGCCUCACAAUAGUGUCUGCUGAGAGGCCAGCAGGAACCAAGGAGGGGAUUUCUCUGGAAGGCCGUGUGGGGGAGAGCGUUGUAACCUUCGGACCUGGAGUUUAUCACAUGGAGGAAACUGCAGCAGACCAGCAGCAGAUGGAGGAAGGGAGUGGCUCAGACUGACUGGUGAAUAAAAAGGCCUGGUUCUGCAGUGGGAACAACUGGAGAGAGGGGCUUCAACAAAAAGACCACCCACCCCCUGAAACAGGGAAGCAGUGAAUAUAAGAGUUCUAUAAAGUGAAAUGAUCUGCAUUUUUGUGCAGCUGAAUUUGUACAUCCAUUCUCUUCCCCUCAGAUUCCAGGACAUUGAGCAUGUUAAGCUGCACAGAGCAGAUGUGAACAAUAAGUUAGAUCAGGUAGAACUGCAUCGUUAUGGAGUAUGUAGUUGUUUUAAAUGUGUUCCCUGUUCUUCCUUGUACUCCAUUUUUGAUCAUGUUUAUUAAUGAUCAUAAUAAAUAUUAACAUUAUUAA